AUGAUUGGUCUGGCGGGUCAAACGUCGCGAUGGAAGAAUACCAUGCAAUCCGAAGUGUCCCAUGCCGCAAAAAAGGCAGCACAAGCCACAGCCUGGCAAGAAGCUGCAGUCGAGGACGAAGCGGCAUCGGAGACACUCACGAAAAAGGCGGCGGUGGAAGGAGAAGACGCUGGAGUGCUGCAGGAACAAGCCGACACUCUGGCUUCCAAGGGAAAAGCAGACCAGGCCAAAGCCAUGGCAGAGGAAGAAGAAGCAGAAGGUGUCGCAGCUCAAGCAGCCGCAAGUGAAGUGGAAUCUUCGGCUCUUUUUGCAGAAGCCGCGGCGGAGGAGGCGACCGCCGAGGAGGAAAUGGUACGAGCAACCGAAGAAGCAACCCUGGCUGCAGACGACGCGGCGGCAGCAGAAGCUGAUGAAGCGGCAGCUGCUGCUUGUCAAUUGAUCCCUGUGGUGGAUGUGUUCUGUGAUGUUGUGGGUGGAGUGGCGGCUGUGGGAUUAGAGAGUCAAUCGGCCCGAUUUGCCGCCAUGGCAGCAAGGGACUUUGCAGCUGCCGCUGCCGCCCAAGUGGAAGCCGACGCCGCCACUGCCGAAGCAACAGAAUUACAAGCCCAAGCAGCAGAAGAAGGUGAAGAAGCUGGAUCCCUUCAGGCAGGGGCAGCAGAACUGGAAACAAAGGCAGACGAGGAGUUUGCACAAGCAGAAUUGGAAGAGGAAAAAGCCAAGCAGGAACUUGAACAGAGUGCACUGGAUGAGAGCGAGGCUGGGGAGGAAUCCACAAAGGCUGCUGGAGAAGAAGAUGAAGCGACAAAAUCAUGGAGUGAAUCGGUUCAACACGGUGCUGCAGCUUGUGGCAGUGCUGUGAUGAUGUCUGUAGCAUCAGGUUUCGCCUUGUUGUUUUGGUUGGUCCGCAUUGGUGGAUCAACUGUUGUUCCAUUGAUUGCUUCUGUAGGCAGGGCUGCCUUUUCAGGAGUGCAGACUGGCAGUGCGGGUCUUAUCACUGUGGAUAUUUUGCAUGGGUGCAGCCACAUUUUCCAUCAUGUGCUGUUGUUUGUUGCAGUUUUCGGGGUUUGGGGAGGGGAGCUGCUUCAACUACGGCAACUUCAUUCGAUGAAAUCGAUGGGGGGCAUCCUACUUGGAUUUGCACUGUCGUUGGCGACGAUUCAAAGCCUUCUGAUGCACGUUUUUCCAGCUGCUUGGCGGCACGAAGGGGGGUUACUAUCGACGCUAUGGACCAGCGUGAGGGAGUUUCUCCGUCGCGUGCCCGUGCUGUGCACGUUGGUCGUAUUGGAGAUUCUCUUGCUGUGGGUGAACGCGGGAAAGACACUGUUUUCAACCAGUGCGGUUCAAAUAGCACAGCAUUGGUGGCUUUGGGUUUUCCUUUUGGCUACCAUGACAAUUCACCAUUCCUGCUUCUCGAGGUCGUCGGUUUCUGGAAGUCAGUGUGCCAAGGACACUUCCAUCGGUGCAUCAAGUGUGGUGAACUGCUCUGCUGCUGGGGAUAGCAACAAUCUACCAUGCGAAACCACCUUGUGCAAAACCAUUGAUGCUGUCGACUACGGCUCAAGCCAUGCGACAAGUGGAACGCAAGAGGGAGAUGAUAAUAGCGAUGAAGAAUGGGAAGAGAUCGAUUGCGAGGCUGAUCAGCCCCUUCUACAAGAAGCCAGGACGUUGUCUCGAGAGGAGGAGGAGGCAUCAGUUGUGAGCAAAGAGAAAUGGUUUCACGAGCUUUUGAUUGACGACUGCAAAAGGGUGCGCUUGCUUUUGCUUUUUGAGCUACUCAUGGCUUCAGUCAUGAUAGCUCUAUUUCGACAAUCCGCGCCCUUGUUGGUAAAGCUGUGGCCGGCCUCGAAAGAUUUAGUGCUCUCUUCUUGGCCGCAUUUGCAUGUCGCAGUCUGUGUUUGUACUGCACUUGGGCUGGCCCUCCUGGUUUGCGCAUGUCUAUAG